AUGUCGCAGCAUUCUUCAGCGGGCUCCCAGAGGAUUUCGCGCCCCGGCGCUGCCCUACGGUCCGUUGCGCAGCCAUUCCAAGCAGCUACAAACACAUUUGGAAACCGGAAACGCUCCAACGAUGUUGCGGGACUGUUUGACAAGCGCCCGCGCGCCGCCGGGCCCCUCAAGGCGCCGCAGAAUAACCAUGGCCGUCAGUACGGCAUCGCCACUGGUCUGCGCACGCAGCGGCCCUCGGAGCGCCCCGCGCCGCCCGUGCCGAACGCUGUGGUACAGCCGCAGCAGCGCGCACCGACGCGCUUGGAGCGCGAAAAGAAGCGCAACUACAACGACCCGGCCAAUGUCGGACCUUGGCAGUUGGGAAAGCUGAUCGGCCAAGGCGCGUCUGGUCGCGUCCGUCAUGCUGUCCAUUCGCGCACCGAGCAACAUGCCGCCGUCAAGAUCAUCCCGAAACAGAUGCUAAUCAACAGCCGCAUGAGCUUGCGCGAUUUGAGUGCAAAGCAGGACAAGCUCACGCUCGGGAUCGAGCGCGAGAUUGUGAUUAUGAAACUGAUCGAGCAUCCCAACCUGCUCGGCCUCUGGGACGUGUACGAAACGAGCAAGGAGCUGUACCUUGUGAUGGAAUACGUCGCUGGUGGUGAGUUGUUUGACUAUCUCGUCUCGCGCGGCCGCCUGCGCCCCGACGAGGCGCGCAGCUACUUUCGCCAAGUUAUUUUUGGGAUUGGGUACUGCCACACGUUUAGUAUUUGCCAUCGCGAUCUGAAGCCCGAGAACCUCUUGCUUGAUGGCUCCCGCGAGACGGUAAAGAUUGCCGACUUUGGUAUGGCCGCACUGCAGCCAACCGAAAAGAUGCUCGAGACCAGCUGCGGCAGUCCGCACUAUGCAAGUCCCGAGAUUGUCAGCGGAAAGAGCUACGACGGGACUACGAGCGAUAUCUGGAGCUGUGGUAUCAUUUUGUUUGCCUUGCUCUGUGGCCGUUUGCCAUUCGACGAUCCGAAUAUCCAGACGCUGCUCAGCAAGGUGCGUGCGGGCAAGUUUUCCAUGCCCGAGUACCUCGACCCCGAUGCCAAGGACCUGAUCUGGCGCAUGCUGGACGUCGACCCAGUGAAGCGUGCGGACAUGGACGAAAUUUGCAGCCAUCCCUGGUUCACAGACAAUAACCGUCUUUCCUCGCGCAACCCUGUAAGCACGCCAAAAGAGGCGCUCGCCACCGAGCCCAUCAACCUCGCCGACAUUGACCCCGAUAUCCUCGGCAACCUAAGCACACUCUGGCCCGAGCUCUCCCAUGAACAGAUCAUUCGGUGCCUCUUGGCGAGCAACGGCAACUGGCAAAAGACGUUUUACUCGCUGCUCGUCUUGCACCGAGAACACCAUGCCUCGGACGACGAGGGGGGCGACGAAGAGGACGAAGAAGAGCUGGACGCGGAGGACCGCCACGCUCUCGACUUGGCACGCGACGAGAAGGAAACGCAAGUGAGCCCAAAUACGCUCGGACUUUGCGUGGAGAAGCACGACUCGCGUCCCACCCCCCCUUCUAUCCUCGCUUCCGUGGCCGAGGAGGAAGAGAAGGAGCUUGUCGCACCGACAGCCUCGACGCCACCUGUCUCUGAGACGUUUGCGCGCAGCACAUCUCGUGCAUUCACAGAAGUGAGCCAGACAUCGAGCAAUAAAGAGCUUGGCGAUGCAAAGGAGCAUGUGGAAGACAAGGCCGUUGCUGCCGUUGCGGACCUUUCCGCGGACGUGCCUUUGGUGACGGCAGCAGCUGACCACCACGUUGCGCCGCACGCGCCCAUUGAGCACACCCGUCCAUCCACGGCGCUGGCUGCGCCGCCGAGCGAGCCUGUGGCGCAUGCGUCUGUGCCGCCGCCGCAAUGGGUCAUGAGCAAGAUGCCUGGGCCCGUAGAGCGCAAGUCGUCGCUGCCCAUGCUUGGAGAAGCGGUGACCACUUCAGCACGCAGGCCAUCGACAGGUAUGGAUGUGCGCAAGGCGCCGGAGAACCGUCGUCUUGCCUCGCUCAUGCAAGCGUUUACGCGCCCGACCUUGGCUCCGUUCCGUCAGCGAUCUAACUCGGCGAAGGAAGCUGGGAAGAGCGUGGAUGUUGUGACGGAGAUGGCCCCGGCGAGUCCUGCAGUCGUCCCUGUAACGGCCCCGGCGAAUCCUGCAGUUGUCCCUGUGACGGCCCCGGCAGUGGUCCCUGUGGCACCUGCCGUGGCGCCGGCUACCGCUCCUGCCAUUGCGCCGGCGGUGGCGCCACAGCAGGCGCCGCCGCCCGUGUCUCCGCCGCUCCCUGCGCGCCCUGCUCCCAUUUCCGCACCGCCUAAAGAGCGGCCUGUCCCUGCCGAGCCGAGCCCCGCUCCCGCCGAGCCACACACAUGGGCGGCGCGGCUUCUCAGUGUCGCGACGGAAACAUCGAAGCGUGUCGUAUCGCAAGACACCUCCGCCGACUCGCUCAUGAACCAGUUUAUGGACGAAAUCGGCGAAGAACUGGACUCGUUGGAGCUCAUCGGCGAUGCGGUCGGUGCUACGUCAUGGCCCGCGCCGCAAGUGCCACGCUCUGCAGAGCAGCACAAAUCCGCAGCACAAAUGCAGACCCCAACUCCCCAAAUACAAGCGGGCAUUUGGGACGAUCCGCGCCACAGCGCGUUGGAAAUGCGCCGCGUCAUGACGCACGCAGACAUGUCCCCAUCCUCGAGCGAUGGAGACAUAUCGACGCAAGCAACCGUGCUUGUCCAAAGCGACGACUCCGCCGACAAGUUUGGGGACGCUGACGAGGACUCGCUCCUUGUUUCGAGCGUCCCGCCCGUCGUAAAACGGCCCCAGGAAACUUUCCCGUUUGCCGCGUAUACACAGCGUACCAGGCCUGUGAGCCAACUGCGCCCAAGGAGCUCGUUCGGCCAAAUCGAUGCGCCGUCGAAGCCCGCAGGCGCGCGAAUGAUGCCUCCAGGCCCACGCCCAGGCUCGCGUCCAAUGUCUCCUGUAGACAACGACGAACGGCCCGUGUCUGCCAUGGCCAAGCCGCCGUCUUCGGUCGGCACUGCAUUCUCGCGUCCCCAAUUGGCACUCUCUGACGCGCGCAAUGUGCCGGGAGCAGCGCCCGCGGCGCGCCCGCCCACGUAUAUGGGCGUCAGUCUGCGCGCACAGACGCCAAGCUCCGUCGCGCCACAAGCGCGGCCCCAGACGUCGAUGGGCGUCGCAAGUGCGCCACCCACGGCGCCUGUGCAGUCGCGGCCGCAAACGGCCAUGUCGGCGCCGCUGCAAACGCGAGGCACGGCAAGUCCACGCCCUGGGAACGCCGCGCCUGGCCAACCGGCCCUCGGCGCGCAAAAGCCAACCGGACUGGGCGCUGCUGCCGCUGCGGCGCACUCCAAGCGCCGCAGCAUUUUGCAUCCUUUCCGCAAAGAAAGCAAGGAACAUGUACCGGAAACAGUCGGCCUCGGCGUCCAAGUUCCAGGCAAGGAGAAUGUGCUGCCUGCAGCCAAGAAGCCCGACGAUGCCAUCGACGCACGUCAUUCGUGGUUCACUGGCAUUCUGCAUCGCCGCCAAACGCACGUCCUGAUGUCUGUGCAGAACCUCACAUUCACGGUGCAGACCAGCCAAGCACUGCUGCAACAGCUCGGUACGACGCUCACGCCCCAGUCCAGGGUCCAAACCACCCGUCCCUUGACGCAGCAGGCGCCGCUGCAGUACCUGCUCGAGUCCAUGUACGACACCAAGGAGGGGAAACAUAUCAAGUGCAGGCCCAUGCGUUUUCGUGUAGAGUACACGAUCCUCCCGGUCAGCUCCAGCGUCCGCCACGCCGCGUCGCCCAAGCUCACGACGCCCUUGUCGCCAGGGAUGCCGGGCUACGAUCCUCGGGCUGCGUCGCGUCCCAUGUCUCCCGUGCUGGACGCCGCCAGAAGCGGUGUACAGUCUUUUGCCACGAGUGUUACCUUUACCCAUGAAAAGGGAUCGCUUACGACCUUUAAGUUGUUUAUGAGCAAGCUGCGUCGCGAUUGGAAACUCGAUGCGCGGGAUGCAUAG